CGCAGAGAAAAAAAAAGCUGAGAUAAAUAUUUACGAGUUUUAGUUUUGGUGUAUUAUUAUUUUUUCCUUAAAAAAGGUAAUCCUUGAUUGCUGAUAUCAUUCAACAAUAAACAAUGGCUCAUUACAAAGGGGCAGCCAGUGAAGCUGGCAGAGCUAUGCAGCUCAUGAAAAAGCGAGAGAUCGCCCAACAGGAGAUUGAGUUGCGAAAAAAGAAAAUAGAGAACGACUUGAAAAUCCACAACAUAGAAAAUAAAUUUGCUACCCACUACAAUGCAGUUGAACAGCAGCUCAAGACUUCCACCAUUGGUCUGGUCACCUUAGAUGAAAUGAAAGCAAAGCAGGAGAAUAUCGUAAAAGAGAGAGAAAGAAAACUAGCACAAAAAGAAAAAGAGAAGCAACAGGAGAAAGAACGAGCUCUAGCUGCCAAACAGGCAGAGAAAUCAAAACAGAAAAAGCAAAUUCAAGCUUUGUCCUUUAACUUGGAUGAGGACGAGGAGGAAAACUGUUCAGAUGACGAUUCGGAUGCCAAGUCAGAAAAAUCAAAUAAAUCGAAAACCAGUGAGAAUUUAGAACCGGUUGUAAAGAAAAUUAAGAAAAAUCCAGAUGUGGAUACAAGCUUUUUGCCUGAUAGAGAAAGAGAAGAGGAGGAGAAUAAAUUAAGAGAAGAGUUGAGGCAAGAGUGGGCACAGAAACAAAAUGCACUGAAAGAGGAAGAAAUUGAAAUUACUUUCAGUUAUUGGGAUGGAUCUGGACACAGGCGAAGUGUUAUAAUGAAAAAAGGUAAUUCGAUUUAUCAACUACUUCAGAGAUGCUUGGAAGUAUUGAGAAAAGAGUUCAGUGAGCUGAAAACUGUAAUGGCAGAUCAGUUGAUGUAUGUCAAAGAAGAUCUGAUAUUACCUCAUCAUUACACAUUUUAUGAUUUCAUUGUGACAAAGGCAAGAGGAAAAAGUGGACCUCUGUUCUCAUUUGAUGUUCAUGAUGAUAUUCGAUUGAUGUCAGAUGCUUCGGUUGAAACGGAAGAGUCGCAUGCAGGAAAAGUACUGCUCAGAUCAUGGUAUGAAAGAAAUAAACAUAUUUUUCCAGCCAGUCGAUGGGAACCAUAUGAUCCUACAAAAACUUAUGAUAAAUACACGAUUUCAGACAAAAAAAAGAAAGAAAAAAAUUAGUAAAUUGUGUCAUUGUUGUA